AUGUGCAAAACAUGCUCACAAAAUUACGAGUUGCAUCAUGGCGAUGAAUUCAAACCUAGGACUGGAAACGUGCCUAAACAAACGAUCGAAGUUAGUUCUGCGACUCUCCCUGUAAAACUUGUCACAGGUAGCGAUAUCUCGUCUUCAGACAAGAUAUACACCACUCUGUCCCAUUAUUGUGGUUGUCGACUGCCCAGUGAGUAUACGACUCUAGCUGGUUUGCAACCACGCAGCCAAAGGAUUUUCCAUUGAAUUAAUUCCUCGAAUUUCCCAAGAUGCUAUCGAUAUUACAAGAGCUUUGGGCAUAUCGUGUCCAUUGUUCAAGGCAGGCUGGGAAGCCGAAGCAUCGAAGAUGAAAGACGUCAAUUCGCGUACUACGCUCAAUAUUAUCUAUCACACGACACCUCCCCGCUGAUCUAUAAUAUAUAUAAUAGCGAACACGGCAAUGUUGGUCUCCUGUUCUCCCGUCGGGGUUUCUCUGGCCGGCUGACUGUAUUCAGCUGCUCUACUUGGCGUUAUGCUAAUGUAAAGAAUAUAAUCGUGAUAAGGAUUACUGGAAAUAAUCAAUGCUCAGUGUCCUUUCGUACGCGGCUGCGUCGUCUUCGUAUUCGAGUCCAGAAGCCUUCAUCCAUCCUUCGCCAAAGAGUUAAUC